CGGUCGCUUUACUCUUCAGGUUGAAAAUGAAACUAACCAGGACAGAACCAAAAUGGAUCCUCACACUGAUUCUAGCAUUCCACAUGACAUCUAUUCAGGUUGAAGCUUCUCACGAUGAUGAGGUGAGGAUCCUGAUGGUGGGAAGCCGAGGUCAGUCCAGAUUCAGCGCUGCAGAUCUUCUGUCAGGAAGGAAAGACGGUGGACAGGAGGACAGAGAGAUUGUAAAGACUCCAGUAAUUACAGACGAGGCUCGUAGAAUGAUGCUGAUCACUGGACCAAACCUCUGUGAGGAGGACACAACGAGACAGACCUUCACAACAGCGCUGUUUCUCUCGUCUCCUGGACCUCACGCCGUUUUAAUGCUCCUGAAUCUGGAAGAUCAACAAUCACAACAGUGUGAUAUUGUGAAACGAGCCCAGGAGCUGCUGGGAGCAGAAGUCCUGCAGCACUGCAUUGUUCUUCUGCUGCAAAAUCAGCAGGAACGAUUCACAGGAGCCUCCAGAGGGAUUGCUGGAGAAAUGAUCAACGCAUGUGGAGGAAGAUUUCACAUCAUAAGAGACUCUGAACCAAAACCUGCUCGAAGAGCAGCUCUCGUAGCAGAAAUAGACAAGUUAGUUCGGCUCAAUGAUCACAGAUUUUACUCAGUAGUGACUCAAGAGUUAGAAACAGAAGAGACCAGUCAAGAUGUGCAUGAAGAAAUUCAGAUGCUCUCUGAAAAACAUAACAAUUCAGCAGGAGCUGCACGAUGGAUUUUGCUAAUUUUACUGAACACUGCUUAUAUUUUCAUUAAAUCUUAG